GCCCUUCGAGCCUUUUUUUUUUUUCUUCACAUUAGAAGCCGAGUCCGGGCGUUGGGAGCGGAAGGUCAAAGGGCCCUAAACAACCCGCAGCUCCGCCCCGCCUCCUCCUCGCAGGCUCCGCCCCUGCGCCCUCCCAAGGCUGGAAAGCGGCAAAGAGGGUAAAGGCGCCUGCCGCGGUUUCUUGGGCGAGAGGGAUCAUCGCCGGGCUUGUUCUUGGCUGCCUGCAGAAGGAGGAAGAAAGCACGCGAGGAAGAGCCGCUGCUGCCAUGGGGCGAGUGCAAGGAGGGAUGCGCUGCGUCAAGUUCCUGCUCUUCCUUUUCAACUUCAUCUUCUGGUUGGCAGGUUCAGCUGUUAUCGCUUUUGGGCUAUGGCUGCGGUUUGGAAAUGUUAUAAGAGAUUUAGCAACUGAUGAAGCCUCCCCAGAAUAUUUUUUUAUGGGACUGUAUGUACUGAUAGGAGCAGGAGUGCUGAUGAUGGCAGUAGGAUUUUUUGGAUGCUGUGGAGCAGCACGAGAAUCUCAGUGCCUGCUUGGAGCAUUUUUUUCUUGCUUGUUGGUGAUUUUUGCUGCUGAAAUUGCUGCAGGGGUUUUUGCUUUUCUGGGCAAAAAAACGGCUGUCAACGAAGUCCAAGCUAUCUAUGAGAAAGCUUAUGAAAACUACAUCAGUGAUCAAAGCAAAAACAAAACACUCAUCAAAUUUCAUGAUGCGCUUCAAUGCUGUGGGAAAGACAGUGACGUUCAAGUAAAACCCACCUGUCCAAAAGAUACUGGACCGUCUAAAAACUGUCUGACUGAAAUAGAGAGUCUCGUUAAUUCAAAUCUUCAUUUACUUGGCAUUGUGGGGAUUGCAAUUGCUGGAAUCACAAUCUUUGGCAUGAUCUUCAGCAUGGUCCUUUGUUGUGCGAUCCGAAACACAAGAGACAUGCUUUAGAACACUUCCUGUCCCACAUUAUUUUGAAUCCAGGACUGAAGGAAAAGCUGCAACACAGUUCUGAAGAAGUGCUUGCCCACUCAACUUAACAACUGUAAUCCAUUUUUUAAUUAGGUGUUAAUCAACUGACAGAAAAGGGGAGUGUUUGGUGAGUUCAAGAGUUUCCUGUGAUUGCAUUUAAAAUUUUAAAACAAUUAUGACAUGAGCAAGUAAGAUAGGCUAACAAUGCCUUUUCAAGGCCAACAGUGACAUCUAAAACUAAAAUUUAUUUGAAGUAUGACUUUGCACAGUUAUAGAGGAAUAGGCCCUGUAUGUAUGUGUGCUUGUUUUGGUGCAGAUGCACUUAUAGCUGUAUAUACAGUCCCUUUGAUUGUAUGUAUGUUUUGUGAGUGUCUCUAUCUGCAUGCAUAGUUCUGCAUUAUAUAUAUUAUGCAUGCACAUGUGUGUGUAUACACACACACACAUACACACACACGGAUACAUUUCUUGAUAAAAAGAUUUUCAUAAUGGAGUCCUCUUUACUAAUCAUUUUUGGAGAAGCAAAUUCCUGUAGGAAAAUGAGUACUCUGUCCUAUCUUCUUUCAGUCUUUGGAAUGUCCCAUUUAAGAUAAUGUCAAGCGGGAAAGACCAGGACCACAUGUGAAGUUGCAAUUAAAGUUAUCUAUUAGUACUCUUGCCUGUGCACAGGAAUCUACUCAACUAAUGGUUAGCACUGUUCUGGCCUUAGAUAAGGAUCAAAGGAAGUCAAAAGGGUUGCACUUAGUCCAUUUGUGGGUACGUAGAGACUCAAGGCUGAUUCCUCUUUUGACUGUGUCCCCAAGUUCUGCCACUCCUCCGGAUAACUAUAUUUAAAGAAAUGAGUUCUGCUUCUAGGCAGCUCUCCCCUUGGAAGAUUGUGUGUGUGUGUGAUUUAUAUAUUUAUUUAUAUGCAGAAUUGUUUAUAUGAUAGAGAUUGAUGGGGAACUCACUGGCCUUUUUAAAGAAAAGCAGAGCAAAACCCAAGAACUAGUACCAAACAAGCAGAGAGCAGUUAAAGCUUUCAGUUCAAAACAAACUUUCAUUGCGACUGAGACAUCCUGUCCAAUCAUGAUUUUAUGUAGGAUCUAUUUAAAACAUGUCCAGGUACUUCAGUGAGGAACUUAAUUUCACUCAAAAAACUGUUCCUUGCUUGGGUUUUUUUUCCAAAUGCUAUUUAGUAUUUAUUGUCCUAAUUAUUUUUAAUAUGGACCAAAAAGCCUUACUGUAGCAUAAUCUAAAAUUGAUGCCCAAAUUAUUUUACACAGUUACUAUGAUGAUUACUCAGUCCCUAAAUGCACACCAUAUCCCAAUGGCCAUUUCAUGCCAUUGUAACAUAUCCCGUAAAGUAUGUUGAUACAAAAUCAAUUCCUGUUCAUUGGGACUUGCUUUUUCAUUAGUGCCCAUAGAAAUGCAGCUUAUUUAUUUGCUGCAAGGACCAUAAUAACCAUAAUGCUGUUUGCAACCUUUUAUUUGUUAUAACAAUUGCAUGCUGGCUUUACACAAUAGGGAACACACCUAAUAUACAAAUGAUAUUUAUCAUUAUUUUCAUGUUCCAGUCAAAAUUAACCAUGUACUUUCAUUGAAAUCAAUACUUUUCAAGCUUAGGUAAAAAUUAACUCCAUUUGUGUAUGUAUAUUUGUGUGUUUAAAAGAAAUGUUCUUAAAAUAGCAUGUCCAUCCACAAAUAUGCAAGGCAGCUGUGUAGCAUUUUGAAGCUCAAAGCAAACUUCAAAAGCAUGAGACAAGUACUUCAGUACUUCAGGAUUAUGUGUAUAGGAGAAUACAGACAGUCCCUGAAGACCCUGAACAAAUGUUCAGCAUUACAUUUAAAAAUAAAGAGGAGGAAGAAUUGUCAUUAAUGAUGUCAAGAACAAUAACCAGUAAUGGUGACAGUUAGGCAACCAUCCCAGGCACAGAAUUUAUACCAGGCUUCACACUUCAGUUGUUUGAACUGUGGGCACUAAUACAGUACAUUUGGGACGAAGGAGAAAGCUUAUAUUGAAAGAUGAGAAAUUCUACGUGUUUAAAGUUGCCCUACAUCCUUUACCUAAAAAAGUGAUAUCAGACAAAUUAACCUUCAGAUUUCAGUCUUUUGCUUUAUCUAUGUUCUCAGACUGCUAGAAGUCAGUGCAGCCAAUUAAUGUUCAAAGAAAAGCUAUUUGUUCCUGCCAGAAACGUGUACAGCACAUGCCAAAACCUAAGGUCAUAAAAUUAAAAGCCUGUCUUUGGUUUCUGGCUAUAGAACUAAAAUUAAAACAUUGAGAGGUGAGCAGUUCUACUUUAAUACACUCCAUUUUUAUUAUCUCUAAAAAUUACUGCAUGUUAUUUUAACGACAUCAAACUUUUAUCUAUUUAAAACUGGAUAAAUGCAGAAAUGAUAUAAUACUCUUAAAAUACCUCAGGGCUAAGCUGAGUUUACAAAUUAUAACUGUGCUUUGUAUUGUUUAUAUUUAUUUCUACUAAAUUAUAUUAAAAAUAAUUUUGCAAAAUUAAGCUAGACAGAGGAAAAUCAUUGUGGUGCAGUCUUAAUAUACUGUAUUACAAUCAAUGGGGUUCUACCACUGACUUACAUGGAAAGUGCAUGGUGGGAACUUUUAAAUGGCCCUUUCCUGACAAGCUAUAAUUUUAGGAAUCAGAACCAAGCAAUAAUUCAGUCUCUCUUUUUAUUCAGUUGUUUAAUUUCCUUUUAAAAAGUUCUUUAAUUUCCUUUUAAAUUUCCUUUUAAAUAGAUAGGCCAUCUAAAACCAUGUGUUAGGAAAUUUUCAGUUGUUAAUAAAACUUAAUUACAUUAUAUGUUUCAUGCACAUUUUUCAUCAAAAUACAUUCAAAGCAUAUAUGAUUUUAUGGGAAGCCUUUUUACUGAGGUCUUCAUUUGAAAUUCAGUGUGCUGAGAACUCUACUUAGGCGUCAGGAAGGGCAUCCGGCCAGUAAAUGCUCAGCUCCAUCCAAUUGCCUGACUCUACCCCGAAUUAAGAUAUCACAGGGUUGUAAAAAGGGAAUUACUCAUGUGUGUGUGUGUGUGUGUGUGUGUGUGUGUACAUCAAAGAGAGAAAGGGACAAGUGCCCCAAGUUGUGUGAGUUGUUCCCUGCUUUCCCUCAAUCUUUUUCUGUAUGUAUACCCCAUUUCUCCAACAAAUUUCAAUUAACUCUACUGCUUGGCCCAGAUAAAUUAUUUGAACCCAUUAGAAAAUAACUCAAGUGAUAGGGGAUAUACCUAAGGAAAAGGUAUCAAAUGCCUAAUUCACCAACUGCCCUUGAGACCAAUUGGAUACUGGCAGCUCCUGAGGUCCAGGUGAGAGUCUCUUAAUGGAGAAGACAUUACUAGAGAUCUGAGUAACUAAAUGGACUGUCUGGUUAUUUAGGAAGCUGUUUCAUCAGUUCUGCAAUUAGUUCUUACCAGGAAUUUGCAGUUUAACAGAAAUAGAAAUAAAUAUGUAACAAUUUUUAACUUUAAAAAUGUCUUUGGUAUGAACUGUCAUAAGAUUAAGACUCUGGAAUCAAUUUCUGCUAACUUUUUUAUUUGAAAAUGAUUUCUUGAAAAUGGAAGGACUUAAAAUGGAACCUGCUUUAGUGAUUUCCCCAUAAAGUUAGUUUUUUGUUUUUUUAAUACAGGUAGUCCUAGUCUUACAGCAGUUCAUUUAGUGGCCAUUCGAAGUUACAACAGCACUGAAAAAAGUACGUUAUGACAAUUUUUCACACUUAUGACUGUUGUAGCAUCCCCAUGGUCACGUGGUGGCAAUUGACUCACGUUGCAGUGUCCCGGGGUCAUGUGAUUUUUGUGACCUUCUGACAAGCAAAGUCAAUGGGGAAACCAGAUUCACUUAACAACCAUGUUGCUAACUUAACAAGUGCAGUGGUUCACUUAACAACUGUGACAAGAAGGGUCGUAAAAUGAGGCAAAUUCACUUAACAAAUGUCUCACUUAGCAACAGUAAUGUUGGGCUCAAUUGUGGUCAUAAGUCGGGGACUACCUGUAUAAUGUCCUUAAGAAUAGACCAUCUCUUCCAUUAUUAUGCCAGCCAUUCUCAAAUGAGAUCAGAAUCAAUCUAAAAAUGGAAAUAGGGUGUGAAAACAUUGGAAAAAUCAGUAAUUUCUCUGUAGAGAUCACCCUGUCCUACAAUCCUCAGCUCUGCUUUGUCCCGUCCCCCCCCCACUUUCUGUUUGCCAUCCUGUGUUUCAUUCAGACUGAGGGCUCAUUCAGCCAAAUCACACAUCAGCAUAUGGCAAUGUUGUUGCAAUGUUGUUACUGUCCCAUCCUGUGUUCCAGCUUUCAGAAGUCUUUGGGAAGUCUUUGCUUCAUGUCAGUCCAUGUAACUGGUAUGGAUAAGUUUGGGAAAUUCUUUGGGAAAGACUUUGAGAAAUCUUCUGUGCUCCAAAUAUUCCACAUCAGGAGAAGAAGACAAAUUCUAUUUAAUCUGUGGUCCUGUUUUUCAUUGUUAUUGUUUUUCUCUUCUCAAUUGCGUUUUAGAAGAGAUGGGAGAACUGUUGCUGUAAAUACCAAAAAAUUCUGGUAGUUGCAUUUUUAUGCUGGGAAACUCUGAGCUAGAUAACAUCAUCAGUGCUAGUGAUGGCAGUGAUGAUGUUACCUAAUUCGGAUAAUGAAACGUAUGCAAGAAAACAAGCAAGCUCAUAGAGCACCAAGGACGCCUCAUGUGAACCCUGAACUACAAAUAUUCUCCUUUAUUAUGCUGGGAAAGUACACCAACUACCUGUACUAGCCCAAAAAUAGUAAUAUUGAACAAGUACCUGGUCAUAAAUGGUUCCAAAUUGUCUGCUGGUGACCAUUUGUGGUUUUUAUGAAAUGACUGCCCUUAGACCUCUUUACUGAACAAUGCUGAUAAAUUAGCUAUGGCUUAAACAUCAGGAUGGGAAGACAGGGAGGGGAAUAUGAUAGCUAUGAAGAUGGAUUGGAAAACACAUGCACUGUCUGGUAAUGGAAAACAGCAGCAGAGACCUUCCUCCAUACAUACAUGCCAUUGCUUUUUAAGAAGAAAAAAAUGUAUUGGAGUGCUGACAAAUUUUGCUGUUGCACUCAUGUUAUUGGAGAAACCAGUCUUGCUUCCCAAAUGUUACCCAUUAUUGCUUGGCUGCUUCUUUAUCUUUAAGUGCCUUUUGAGAAACAGGACAGAACACCAAUUCUAUAAAUAGAAUUUUGAAAUUAAAAUCAAACUUAUUGACGUGAGUUCCCAUCGCCUUGCUUGCAUCACACUGUCUUUAUUUUUAUGGGUAUAAUUGUUAACACUUGUCUUAAGAUCAUCUACUCCUAAAAAUAAUGAAAGAAUGUGUGUUUGACAUGCAAGUCAGAAUUAAAUAUAUUCUUUAUGUGUCAAAAAAAAAUCUUAGCAGUGCCUUUAAAAACACCAUGGCUCUAUUCUCCAGAUCUUACAAUUUCCAGUGUCAUUUUGGUUGGGGAGUCCCUUAUAUUGAAUUACAUCUCCAAAACAUCAUAUCUUGAAUGUUAGGAGGGAUUAAUUCUUGGGCUACGUUUUUUUUCUAUGGUAUGUAAAUUAUGUAUCUAUGCUAUUGGCAUUUAAAUUUUCUGAAUUGUUUCAUUGAGAAGACCAAGUCAGACAUGCUAAGAAUGGCCCAUAACCAUGAGAACUAGCCCACAGCUUCUUUUCCAGGUUUAUGUGAUACAGUAUAAACUAUUCCUGAUAAUUCACCACUGAGGCACAUGGAUGCCGUUUUGAUUUUUGUAAGGUACAUGCAUCCUUUCAAUUAUGCUAUUGCCUCAUUGACUGAAAUUUGACAUUCUCCUUUUUAUGUCAGCUGUGCUAAGGAAUACAGUCUUUUUGUAUCAUUCUAACAAAUGAUCACCAUAAAUAUACUAGAGGCAGCAGUUUUAGAAAGAUGUGGAGCUUGUAGGGUUACAUUCUCCAAAGGUCUUCAAGAAAAAAACAGCACUUAUUAUACCUACACCUAUAGAUAUGCAGGCUACCUCAGCACUAUGACACUGCAAAUGUGUAAAGCAGUGCCUUAUUAUAGGAGAAAAAGCAAAUAAACUGAAGAGCCUUUAAAAAGCACUUAUUAAACCUUCUUUUGAACAGCAGCUUGUCCUAGUUUUGUUCUUUAUAAAGCCAUGGGCACCUUAUGCAUCUAAUAGAUGCUCUGUCCUGCUUGAUGCAAAUUCUCAGUAACUCUGGGAAUUAUUAUACUGAGUUCCAGACCUUUCACUGUCUUUAGGGAGUAGUGGAUUAUAUCUGCUGGAAAACUGGGUUUCAUUCUUCCCAGCAAUUAUGCAUGGAUCAAGCACGACCAGAAAGAUACAGCAUCUGAAGAUAGCUGUAUGCUUACUCUGCAGAUUCCCUUUGUGGAAUCCAUUAUUUUAUUUAAUAAUACAUUACUUUCUAUUGCAGUAAUUGUACAUAACUAGAAUUUUCAUUGAAAUGUGUAUUUUGGAAUUUGUGCAAAAGACUUCAUUAAUUCUCCAAAUGUUGAUAGAAAUGUAAAUAAACAUACUCCUCCUUCCUGAUGUUUUUGCUAUCUGGCAGCAUCAUGCAUCAAACUGUUUUCAUGGGGAACUAAGCAUCUUUCCCAUGUAAUCAUUGUGUAAAUGUUAUUAGCAAUUGAUGUUAUUGAAACAUAUUCUGUUUUCUUAAUGCAUUUUUAUCACUGUUUCUCUACUGAAGUUGAUGCAAAAAUCUAAUAAAAAUAAUCUGAAUGAAAA